AUGCUCGCCUUCAACUUCUUCAAGCCAUCGUGGGCUCUACUCUCCAUCCUGCAUGUCUGCAUGUCACUGCUUCUCGCUGAUGCCGUUGACCAGAAUUUGGAGAAAAGAGGUAAGACGACAAACGUGGAUCAGAUAGCUUAUUGGUUACAUGUCUAUUUUGAAUUUAUUAGUUAUAUAUUUAAAAUUGAGCAUUUCAUUAAAUCAGCAUCGCCUUUAUCUCCUGCCGGACUUGUAAAUGAUAUCCUAGUUGUCAACCAACCUGUCUGUCAAUACACGUUCGAGAUCAGGCCGAAUACAUCAGCUAUAGACAACGUCUCUCGAGUCUACAGCUUGUGUGCUGGACCCCGCGGCCCUAUGUUUUGCGAUAUCUUCUCAAGCAUUAUGGUCGACCUGCAAAAGAGAGGACUAUCGCGAGGACAGUCGGAGCUCCUGGAAAACGAUUUAACAAACGACGAUCCGCCUCAGCUACAGUGGGAGGAGGAAGUGUCCGAAGAAGGGUCAGCAAGAAAGCGGCUGCAGAAUGAGUUGCAUGGUCAGGAGAGCAAUUGGCCUGGCGAACCGUGUCGACUGGACCCGAUGAAACUUGAUCCUGGUUUCGAUCGUUUGCAGGCGAUGAUAAUUAGCGAAGAGAUGUUGCUGCGGAUGAGCAUGUUGGAAGAUCCUGAACUCAUCUACAAACUGGGAAUAACAGCUCGGCAUCAGAUAUACAAGCAGAUAUGGGACCUUUACAAGGACGUCUUGAACUGGAUCUGUGAUCUCAAGUGUCAGCGGCCAAAGACGGACGAGAAAGAGGUGAGCAGUAGGCCUAACGCUCUUGGGCAGCUCGAGGCGACAAACAUGUCUCAGAAUUGCCAGUUCGAGGGUCGACUUCGGAUGGAGAAGAAUCUACGGAAGGCUGAUUCAGGGAGGUCUCGACUCGGGAUGAUCAUCCAACUCUCGGACCAACCCGGUGAUAUCGUUCAUAUGCCAUUGGUUCUGGGCCUUCCGUUUCUGAAGUUGGUAGUACAGUACAACGAGCGGUUCACAGGCCUUAAGUCAACCUCAGCCAAUAUUUCCUGCCACAAGCGAGGCAGAAGUGUUUAA